AAAUUUUCCAAAGUUCAACAAUCCUGAUUGUUGGAGCUGGAUUGCUAGCUUGCCCUAGUACUACUGUAGUAGCGCCUUUUUGAGCGACCCUGCCGCCUGAAAUCGGCAACGAAAGCAGAGCUCUGUGUUUCAAAGGGCAACCCAGUCAAACGAAUGCCUGGUCUGAGAGCAGCUGCAUUGGCACAGUCUGCCUCCGCCGUGCGGUAUCUGUCAGCAGGAAGGCAGCAUUUGGCAACACCUUCCAACGUGUUUGCAGGAGGUUCGCUGCACUACAUUUGCCACCACUCUGCGAUCAAACCCACCGCUCCCAAGCAGGAGAAACCAGCUGAGCUCCUGCUGAAACCCCUUCAUCAAAGAUUCCCCCUGCAAGGGCCUUGGCCAGCAGCUCUGUGCAGACAACAACUAGACCAUAGUUCACAGAUUACAAUCACCAGAAGGACUUAUCAAAUGGCUGCAGAUGCUAGCAACUCGGCAGCUAGCACAUCGACCGGAGAGGCUGAUGAGAUCUGCUUUGGUCCCUACAAGAUCAGGGCCAGCGAGCAGGUGUUCUUUGAGUCCAAGCUGUCCUGCGCGCUCGUGAAUUUGAAGCCAAUUGUACCAGGCCAUGUUCUGAUCAUCCCCAAGCAGGUAGUAAGGAGAUUUGCGGAUCUGACCAGCGAGCAGGUCGCAGAUCUGUGGCUGACGGCUCAGAAAGUUGGCAACCAGUUGGAGAAGUUCUUCAAAGCAUCAUCGCUGACCUAUGCGAUCCAGGACGGUCCACAAGCCGGCCAGACUGUCCCGCACGUCCACAUACACGUCCUUCCGCGGAAGGAGGGCGACUUCGAAAAUAACGACGAGAUCUACAACGAAAUUGACAAAGGCGAGAAGGGCCUCUCUGACAAGUUGCGAGUGGACUCCGAACGGAGACCACGUUCCUCAGAUGAGAUGGCAAAAGAAGCAUCUGUGUUGAGGUCUCUCUUCAAUUGAAAGUACUCAAUUAUAAGUGCACCCGGCGGAUAAAGUUAUCGAUCAGAUAAAUAUUGGGGCUUAUAUCAAACACUCGUUACUGGCUUAACGCUUAUGAUCCUUCAAUGUUAUCCUGCCCUUGAUCAUGUUUGUGGAAAUUCGUAGCAUGUGAAGUUAGACAUCGGAGCGAUCAUGCGAAAUUUGAGAGCGGUUGUAGAUUCAAGCUCCUGCCAAAGGCACAUGCAUGCAUGUGCCCAGUCAUCGUACAGAGGUGUAGACUAGACUGUCUUCUGUGAGUAGUUUUGGCGCACCGCCGGGGCGGACCGCGCGCGCUCA